GUCAACAUUGCCAUCAGGUCCUCACUGCAGAGCCUCUGGGAGAAGAUCGAGCAGCUGAGGGAGCAGCUGCUGCGGGCGGUGUCCACUCGGCAGAUCACCCAGCUGGAGGGGGACAGGAGGCAGAACCUAGUGGACGAGCUGGUGACACGGCACAGGCAGCUGGAGGCAUCCUACAGGAAUGAAGGUCCUGAGCCAGACAUGAGCAGGUCCAGCCUCAUGGCAGGAGGGGCCAAACGAGGCGUCACCAACCCCUGGCUCUUGGAAGAAUCGGAGGAGACCAGAGGACUUGGCUUUGAUGAGCUCAGGCAGCAGCAGAGAAGGAUCAUUGAAGAACAAGAUGCUGGACUCGAUGCUCUUUCUUCAAUCAUAUCCAGGCAGAAACAAAUGGGGCAGGAAAUUGGGAAUGAGCUGGACGAGCAGAACG